AUGGUGCAUUUCAACAUCAGUACCUAUGGACCCUUCCUGCUGACUGGCUUCCCUGGCCUGGAGGACUCAUAUCCAGUGAUUUCCAUGUUGUUCUGUUUCCUCUAUGCCAUUGCUCUGUUGGGGAACAGCAUCAUCUUAGGGGUUAUUAGGCUGGAACCAUCACUUCACACACCCAUGUACCUUUUUCUCGCUGCGCUGGCUGCCAGUGACCUGGGAAUCUGUGCCACCACUUUACCCACCCUGUUCAAGCUUUUUUGGUUCAAUAUUCGUGAAGUAGACUUUGAUGGCUGCCUCGCCCAGAUGUUCUUCAUCCAUGUGUUCUCCCUAAUGGAAUCAGGCAUCCUACUCUCCAUGGCUUUUGACCGCUAUGUGGCCAUAUCCAACCCACUCAGGUACACUACUAUUUUGACUAACGAAACUAUUGCCAAGAUGCUUAUGGGACUUUUAAUUCGGGCUGUGGUUGUUAUCUUCCCAGCGACAUCACUCAUUAAACGACUGAGGUUUUGUGAGGCCAAUGUGCUGUCUCACUCCUACUGCCUGCACCCAGAUAUCAUCAAACUCUCCUGUUCUGACCACCGCCUCAAUAGCAUUUAUGGUCUCAUUGUUGUUGUCCUCACCUUUGUCUUGGACUCUGUAUUGAUCCUGUUGUCUUAUGGGAAGAUAUUGACCACUGUACUAGACAUUGCCUCCCAGGUAGAACAAUUCAAGGCGCUCAAUACUUGCGUGUCCCACAUCUGUGCUGUGCUGCUGGUCUACGUCCCUAUGUUGGGGGUGUCUAUUAUCCAUCGGUUCGGAAAACAUGUUCCAGCUGUGGUGCACAUUACAAUGGGCUAUGUGUACCUGCUGGUCCCUCCAGUUCUCAACCCUGUGGUCUACUGCGUUAAAACCAGGGAGAUAAGAACCAGGAUAUUGGGUAAGCUUCUGAAAUAA